GAGAUCAAAACAUUCAGAUGGCAGAUAACAGUUUUUCAGAUGGUGUUCCUUCAGAUGCCUUGGAGGCUGCUAAAAAUGCAAGUAACACAGAAAAGCUCACUGAUCAGGUGAUGCAGAAUCCUCAAGUUUUGGCAGCUUUACAGGAACGGCUUGACAAUGUCUCCCACACUCCUUCAAGUUACAUUGAGACUUUGCCGAAAGCCGUGAAGAGAAGGAUCAAUGCACUGAAGCAGCUGCAGGUGAGGUGCGCCCACAUAGAAGCCAAGUUCUACGAGGAGGUCCACGACCUGGAGAGGAAGUACGCCGCACUGUACCAGCCCCUCUUCGACAAGAGAAGGGAGUUCAUCACGGGGGACGUGGAGCCGACGGACGCGGAGUCGGAGUGGCACAGUGACAACGAGGAGGAGGAUAAAUUGGCUGGAGACAUGAAAAAUAAAGUAGUCCUAGCAGAAAAAGAAGCAGCAACAGGAGAGGAGCCAAACCCCAGAGGAAUUCCAGAGUUCUGGUUUACCAUCUUUAGAAAUGUAGAUAUGCUAAGUGAAUUAGUCCAGGAGUAUGAUGAGCCAAUCUUGAAGCACCUGCAGGAUAUUAAAGUGAAGUUUUCAGACCCUGGGCAGCCUAUGUCUUUUGUAUUAGAGUUCCACUUUGAACCCAACGACUACUUUACCAAUUCAGUCCUGACAAAAACAUACAAGAUGAAGUCAGAGCCUGAUAAGGCUGAUCCCUUUUCCUUCGAAGGUCCUGAAAUAGUUGACUGUGACGGGUGUGCUAUCGACUGGAAGAAAGGGAAAAACGUUACAGUCAAAACAAUCAAGAAGAAGCAGAAACAUAAGGGCCGAGGCACAGUGAGAACAAUUACCAAACAAGUUCCGAACGACUCGUUUUUCAACUUCUUCAGCCCGCUGAAAGCGUCUGGGGAUGGAGAAUCACUGGACGAAGACUCGGAAUUCACAUUAGCCUCUGACUUUGAAAUUGGACACUUCUUUCGUGAGCGGAUAGUCCCGCGGGCCGUGCUCUACUUCACAGGGGAGGCCAUAGAGGAUGACGACAACUUUGAAGAGGGUGAGGAAGGAGAAGAGGAGGAGUUGGAAGGUGACGAGGAGGGAGAAGAUGAGGACGAUGCCGAUAUUAACCCCAAGGUGUAAUUUUUGUCUGUUAUUCAUGCAUUUUUAGGUAAGGUGGAAUUCCAUUCAUUCCUAAUCCAAUCUUCUGAUCUGUGAUUUGUAACAGUGCCUUAUUGUGACUUGGUGGAUAGAGGGGAGGCUGCGGGGCAGGCACACUCCGCAUGUGUGAGGCUGAGCACAUGGCUUUCGGAAGAAUAGUAGUUUCACACAGGUGUCCGUUGUGUGUACUUCUAAAACUGAGCAUCAGAAACUACAUUUGGCUCCUGCUUCCUGAGCCCAGUGUUUGUUGCUGACCAAGUCAAAGGCGUGACUGGUGAGGCAUUUUUAUUGGGGACGGGCCUGCCCUCCAGGAAGAGCACAGAGCGCGAGGGCCCUGGGAGGUGGGCACUGUGUGGUCUUCAUGAAGACCGUGUUGUGGAUCAGCCGCACCCCGUGCAGUAGGAAGCAGCCGCUGUGCUCUUUCUUGACGUGUCUCUGUCGAUUGUUUCUGCUUCUUAAAGUCAGGUGUGGUGCGGACCGGUAGGUCGUAAAGGCCUACCUGAACUUUGAAUGUGCUGGAGUUAGUGCCCCCAAAAGCUGCAGUGUCUGUGUGGUGUGGUCCUGGGCAUUGUUGGGGUGCUCUGACCAGGUGGGGAUAGAGCUGGGUGCUGCCCACCCGGCACCCCUGCCCCCCAAGUCGUGGGCCAUUGCAACUCCGUUCCAGCGAUCAGCUCCCUCCCUCGUGGGACACUGUCCUCCCCGGGGCCCAGGGGCCGUGCUGAGAAGAUGCCACAGGAGGCAGGUGCCGUGAUGUUCAUCCCCGGGAAAUGGCAGGGGGUCCCGGGGGCUGUGCUGGGCAGCCCCAGCCGGUGCGUAGAGCAGGGCCCGUGAAAGCUGGAGCCUGAGCUCACUGCCGCAGCCGGCGUGCUGGUGCUGAUGGUCGUGCAGACCACAGGCGGGGGAGAGUCUCCGCGUGGCCUUCCUGUCUCGCUCUUGCGGGCUCGCUCUCCUAGAGAACUGAGCGGUAGCAUGGCUGCCUCCUGGCAAGGCAACGUCGUAACCAGAGGAGAUGAACAGACACCAUGGAUCCUGGGUGUUUAAGGAGUCGGGGCUGAUCUUUGACGUGCGUUCACGACAGUGUGUUCGAUUACUCUUGAUGCCCGCUGCCCCACUUGUCUGAAGAAUGUUCCCCGCAAGCCCCACUCUCCCGCCCUGCUAGUCACGGGGAAGCAUCCCUAACUUGUUCAGCCUGUCUUUCUAGGACAGGAGGACCCUCCUGUGGCGUAGCCACCAUGAGCAGCAUGGUACUGUAGCCCCUCAGUAGUGUCAUCAGAUCCUUGUCAGGGGCCCAGCCGCUCCGGUGCAGGGGUUCCCUCUGCGGUCAUACAGGCCCUUGGGCCCCGGCUUUGUGCCCCCGGGAAGCUGUGGUGGCCCGCUGUGUGCUUGGUGGCUUGUUUUCCCCCCUUCUUGGGCAGUUGUCCUCUGUUAAAACUUGGCCUUUAAAUGGCUCCAUGACAGGCAGGAUUUGGGCUGUUAGUUUGUGCCUUGGAAACACCCCACUCCUCUCCCAUGAUAUUCAGGGGUAUUGAGUGACCAAGCUGCCAUCAGACUUGGUGGCCUGAGACCAAGGAUGCCGGGGCAUAGUUGUAGUCCUGUUUUGGCCUGUGUCACAGGCUGAAAACCAGUGGUGUCUUGUUGCUAAAAUUCACGUCAGAAGCUUCGGGGUUCUGUGUUGACUUUACAGCCUAGGACUUGUGUCCAUGCGGAUGCUGUCCCCAGAGGUGGGGCCGCUUGCCUGCCUGCCGGGAGCUCUCAGUGAGGUCCCGUUGCCUCCAGCAGGCUUUAUCCCCCAGGCUACUGAAUGUACUUUAAACAAAUGGGUAAUAUGUUCUCCUGGUUAAAAAUAAGCAUAUGAAGGGCGCCUGGGUGGCUCAGUCGGUUGAGCGACUGCCUUCGG